AAUGUUAUCAGUACUCACAGAUGGCGCACUUAACAGUAAACAAGGACGAUAUGUCUCAUUUGUUAUUAGUGUAUUGUGUCCUUGUGCUAAGGUUAAAGAAAAUAUCAAAAGAAUGGUUAAGGUAUUGGUAGCCGUCGACGACAGCGAGACUUCCUUGAAAGCUUUUCAUUUCUAUUUUGAAACUGCACACAAGCCAGAUAAUGAAGUUUUGUUUGUCCAUGGAAUGGAGUAUCCAUAUAUCGGCGGUGGUUUUCCUGUCAGGGAGGAAAUCGUUGAAAACAUUUUAAAAGAGACAAGGCUGAGCCAUAAAUCAGUAGAAGAGAGAUAUAAAAAGAUUAUCGAAGAUAAUGAGGCAAGACGAUUUGUCAGUGAAUUUUGCCCAAGAUCAGGAGAAUUUAUUGUGAGUAUAGCAGAGAAAGAAGAUGCGAGCUUAAUAGUGAUGGGUACACGAGGUAUGGGUAAACUUCGUAGAACCAUACUUGGAUCAGUAUCGGAUUACGUCCUUCAUCACGCCAAGUGUCCAGUCAUAAUCGCUCGCCGUUAG